UGAGCACAAGGGAAUUUCAUACAGACAGCACCACUUAGCUAACAUAUCCUCUCAACACUUGCAGCUACAAAUAAAUGUUGUACUUGUAAAAAAAAACAUAACAUAUCCCUCAAAAAACAAAGGGUACUUGCCAAAGAAAAGAAAACAAUAAUGGAACCAACAACAACAACAGUGGUGAAGGCUAUUCCAAUUCCAAACUCAUCAUCACCACCACCAACCAUCAUCAUGAGACGAGACAGAGAUGCUUCUUUCUCUUCUUAUCUCAAACCACAUCAUCUUCUGCAUCAUAACCAUCAAAUUGAUGAUCUUGAUGAUGAUGAUGAUGAUGAAUCCACCACUGAGCUCAGCAUUUUCGAUGCACACAAGUACUUCAACAGCGAAGAUAAUAAUAACAAUAAUAAUGAGAUCCCAAAUAAAGUUACCAUCAUCAGCAACAACAGAGUCUCUCCUCUCUCCAUCAUCCCCACUCAUGAUGACACCACCAUUGCUCCAGAGAAGGCCGCUAACACAGUAGGAACUACCGCCACCGCCACCAGAUACUCCUCCGCUUCAUCCUCCGUGGACGGUGGUGGCUACAGAGCAAGAUCGUUGAACGGCACAGCAACACCAUCAGAAGCCAGCUGGAACAGCCAGGCAGGUUUGCUCUCUCACACUAACAACUCCGGCGGCGGCGGUGCUGCCACCCAACCUUCCUUGAGAGACUCCAACGGUCUGAACAAGAAGCUCAAGGACUCACUAUCCAAACCGAUUUGGAUCUUGAGAAGAAAAUGCCCAUGCAGAGGGAAAAAAUCAGUGCAAGUUAAAGAAUACACCACAAAAGUUCCACAACCACCACCACAACCGGAGCCAGAACCGUUAAUUAUGAACACUGUGUCAGUGGCGGCAGCGAAGAACCCUAAGAGUGUUUCGCUCAUUGCACCAAACAAGAAUUGGGUUGCAGAAAACGUCGUAACCGCAACAAACUCCAAUUCAAGUUCUAAGAGAUUUCAUACACACCGAGUUGUAGCGUCAACAUCACUGGCGAUGGUACCAUUUAGCGAUGGAUUCACUUUCCCGGUUCUGAACGCGAAACCGCACCCUCGAAACGGCGUCGUUUCACGCCAAGAAGGAGGAGAUAAGGAGGACGACCAACUGCCACGUGAUUCGUUGGAGGUUUUCCAACCGCCUGACGACGUAGAGCCGACCUCGGAUUCUCCUGAGGGGAUAGCCGUUGGAGGCGGCGGAGAUGGCGAUGAGGAUGAAGUUGACGAUGGCGCCAGCGAUGCGAGCUCCGAUCUGUUCGAGAUCGAGAGCUUCUCCACCGGCGGCGCCAUGCAACCUACGUGUCCCGUUGUGUUCCGUCGCGAGCCUUGCAACAGUGGCGGAAACGGCUUCUUUUACGGCGGAGGAGGUGGUCGGCGGAGGAGCAUGGAUGAGGGGUCCACGGCGACGAUGACGGAGUGCUAGUGAGGAAGUUUGGUGGUGGUGGCUGCGGACAGAGUGGGGCCACGUGUGGUUCGAGGCACGUGAAUGUUAAGAAUAUGAAUGUGAUUGUAAAUGGUGGUGGUAAUGGUGGAAGUAGGGUACCGUUAGGUUCUUGUAAUAAGCCACCCCUUCCUCAUCAUCACACCACCAACACCACACCGUGCAUCUCUCUAGCUUUUGCUACUUAAUAAUCUCUUCCUCUCUUUUUUUUCAUUUUGGAUAGUUCGAGGAAGUUAAGUAUAUAUUGCAUGAAUAAGCAUUUUCUUUUUAUUUUUUAGUUCUUUAGAUUAAUUUUGUGGAAGAGAACACUCUACUUGGAAGCAUAUUGUGGAGCAAACUCUUGAGCUGACCACUGAAAUUUUUUCAAGCUAUUGUUUGAUAAAGCGCUUUUCAAGCUUCAAUUUUAAUGCUAUUGUUUGAAUUAGAGAAUGAA